CCGCCGCCGCCGCCGCCGCCGCCUCCCGCUCCAGCUCCGCGGCCCGGCCCGGCCGGCUCCCUCCCUCCCUCCCCUGCAGCCCGCCGCCUGCCCUCCCGCCGGCCGCACCGGGCUCCAGGGGGGCCAGAGGCUCUGCGGGGUGGGGGGAGGACAGGAGGGGAGGAGGAGGGAGGGGGACCCCCGAGUCGCCCCCUCUCCUCCCCCCGCCCCCCGGCUCCAUCCUCUGCCGCCGCCCGAGCAGCUGCGGGGCCGCCGCCGCCGCCUUUGCAGGCUGAGUCAUCACUAGAGAGUGGGAAGGGCAGCAGCAGCAGAGAAUCCAAACCCCAAAGCUGGUGUCACAAAGUACCACUUCUCCAAGUUGGGGGCUCAGAGGGGAGCCAUCAUGAGCGAUGUUACCAUUGUGAAGGAAGGUUGGGUUCAGAAGAGGGGAGAAUAUAUAAAAAACUGGAGGCCAAGAUAUUUCCUUUUGAAGACAGAUGGCUCAUUCAUAGGAUAUAAAGAGAAACCUCAAGAUGUGGAUUUACCUUAUCCCCUCAACAACUUUUCAGUAGCAAAAUGCCAGUUAAUGAAAACAGAACGACCAAAGCCAAACACAUUUAUUAUCAGAUGUCUUCAGUGGACCACUGUUAUAGAGAGAACAUUUCAUGUAGAUACUCCAGAGGAAAGGGAAGAAUGGACAGAAGCUAUCCAGGCUGUAGCAGACAGACUUCAGAGGCAAGAGGAGGAGAGAAUGAAUUGUAGUCCAACUUCACAAAUUGAUAAUAUAGGAGAGGAAGAGAUGGAUGCUUCUACAACCCAUCAUAAAAGAAAGACAAUGAAUGAUUUUGACUAUUUGAAACUACUAGGUAAAGGCACUUUCGGGAAAGUUAUUUUGGUUCGAGAGAAGGCGAGUGGGAAAUACUAUGCUAUGAAGAUUCUGAAAAAAGAAGUUAUUAUUGCCAAGGAUGAAGUGGCACACACUUUAACUGAAAGCAGAGUAUUAAAGAACACUAGACAUCCUUUUUUAACAUCCUUGAAAUAUUCCUUCCAGACAAAAGACCGUUUGUGUUUUGUGAUGGAAUAUGUUAAUGGGGGAGAGCUGUUUUUCCAUUUGUCGAGAGAGCGGGUGUUCUCUGAGGACCGCACACGUUUCUAUGGUGCAGAAAUUGUCUCUGCCUUGGACUAUCUACAUUCCGGAAAGAUUGUGUACCGGGAUCUCAAGUUGGAGAAUCUGAUGCUGGAUAAAGAUGGCCACAUAAAAAUUACAGAUUUUGGACUUUGCAAAGAAGGGAUCACAGAUGCAGCCACCAUGAAGACGUUCUGUGGUACACCAGAAUAUCUGGCACCAGAGGUGUUAGAAGAUAAUGACUAUGGCCGAGCCGUGGAUUGGUGGGGCCUUGGGGUUGUCAUGUAUGAAAUGAUGUGUGGGAGGUUACCUUUCUACAACCAGGAUCACGAGAAACUUUUUGAACUAAUUCUAAUGGAAGACAUUAAAUUUCCUCGAACACUCUCUUCAGAUGCAAAAUCAUUGCUUUCAGGGCUCUUGAUAAAGGAUCCAAAUAAACGCCUUGGUGGAGGACCAGAUGAUGCAAAGGAGAUUAUGAGGCACAGUUUCUUCUCUGGAGUAAACUGGCAAGAUGUAUAUGAUAAAAAGCUUGUACCUCCUUUUAAGCCUCAAGUAACAUCUGAGACAGACACCAGAUAUUUUGAUGAAGAAUUUACAGCUCAGACUAUUACAAUAACGCCACCUGAAAAAUAUGAUGAGGACGGAAUGGACUGCAUGGACAAUGAGAGGCGGCCGCACUUCCCUCAGUUUUCCUACUCUGCAAGUGGACGAGAAUAAGUCUCUUUCCUUCUGCUACUUCACUGUCAUCCUAGAUUCAUCCCUGAAAAUGAUUCCUGGACAUCACACCAGCCCUCGCCCUGACGGAGGGCAGGCGCCUUCCGACUCCCAGACCAGUCCGAGGUCUCCACCCCGCGCCGCCUGUACCCCUGAGAACACACACGUACGCAGACACACUCGACUUUUUGGUUUUGCAUGAAAUUGUAUCUCAGUCUAAGGUCUCAUGCUGUUGCUGCUACUGUCUUACUAUUAUAGCAACUUUAAGAGGUAAUUUUACAAUCUCUGGAAGUCAUGAGCCCACCACUGUUCAUUUGUGCACCAACUGUCAUCUUUUGAUCUUUUAAUUUUUGUUUUCCCCUAUUAACAGUGAAGGCUAAAGGAGAUACACUGAUUCUAGGUACAUUUUUUAACUUUCUAGAAGCUAAAUCAAACACUAAUUAGACUAAGAAGCUGUAGUUUCUAAUUGAGAACAAGCAAUCGUGGAAGCGCGGUGAUGCGCAGAUGCAGUCUUAGUAAAGCGUAUCAGAGCAGCGCAGAGAGCAGGCAUGUGUCACUCAGAUCGGCUGGAAUCCACUAGGAAGCGUUUGAGAGAAGGACUGACCAACUGUGAAGCUAGCGCUAGACAUCUGGGAAUGCGCACGCCUGUUGGAUACUGCAGGGGAGGCCGGGGAUUGCGGGAGACGCCCGGGUUUCCCAGGCAGUCGUUGGCGAGGGAGUUGCUCUGCCAGGAGGGACACGUGCUCUCGGAGUCAAGGUCACUUAGAGGGCCCGUGAUGCCAUUUGCGCCAGAAAGCAUUUUCUCCCCUGUGCUUGGAACCCUUUUUCCCUUCUUGAUCUUAUCACCUCUGAUGGCUGAAGAAUGUAGACAGGUGUAACGAUCCUGCUUUUCACCAAAAUUUGUACACCAAGGUAAAAAGGUGGUUUGCCUUAUUUUAAUUUUUUUACCUUCAGUUCUACGUGGAUUUGCUUUCUCUCGGAUGUUAAAACCUCGAAUGUCCUUUUAUGAUUUUGUUUCUAUUGCCGUAGUAUUUAUUUUUUAGUGAUGAGAAUUGUAUGUCAUGUUAGCCAAUGCACUCCAACUUCACAUAAAAGAGACGUCCUGCAGUUUAUUUCGACCCAUGUGCAAGGAAUGUACACGCUGAUGAGAGUCAUGCACUUUCUCUCCUAUGUAGACAAAGGGGACGAGGCUCUGAAACUGCACACGGAGGGCAGAAUUCGGCUUGGGGGGGAGAGGCGCUGUCGGUUAACCCCUUGGUGCUAAAAACGAGAAACCCCCAACUCUCCACGCCAAGGGGUUGCAACAGAUGGAUGUUAAUGCUGGCUCUUUUGGGAACCGAAAUGUUACGAUGGCCUGGCGACAGAGUGUAAUGAAGACAGUUUGAGACCCGGAUGACGAGAAAUGGACUUCACUUGGCGAGAUGCACACAUCGCGAGUAUUUACGGAGUGGGCAGUAAAGGAGAAGGACCUGGUGUGUUUAUUCUGAUCAUGGUACAUUUCUCACUGAAUUAAGCCAUCAGGGAAAACAAAAAACAAAAAAGAACACCUCCAGCUUUUCUUUUUCUGUAUAUACUCAUGUCCUCAAAUUCCACCAUUGCUCACUGACAGGGGACAUGUAUGCAAACCUCAUAUUUCUCCUUCAUUAAUGAUGACUUCAGAUUCAACCCUUUGGUGCUAGGAGCUGACAUUUUCCAAAGCAGCCUGUGAAGUCCAGGGGGCAGGGGGGCUCCCGACUCCACGGGGCACUUGAGGAGAUGUGUUUUAGGUGAACGUCGGACAGCUCCCACGUGGAAGGCUCCAGCAUGAUGAGUGUCGUGACCGCAUUGUAUGAGAGAGCAAGUGACCUUCCCGUAGGACGAGUCAUAUUCAUACGCCGAUGUCUUAGCCUCUUGACGCUGGAAGUGUGGAUUUCUAGAUCCGAAACCACUGCUGGCGGUGGGUGGACCGCUGGGACCGACAGGGGGGUUCAAGGGCAUUUUACUAAGGCAGCUAAGACAUAUGCAGACAUAGAUGUUAUUCUGAUUUUUCAUAUUUCUACCUGAGUGAAGUUCAUCCUUAGCAUUGAGUAGGAAGUUCCAGGGAAUGGUAGUUCAUUCCUAACUUACACAUAGAGCUCAACAUUCUUUUUCCUCUUGGAAUUCUGUUGAAUGUUUCACGUUGACCAGGAAGUAGACUGGAAGGUAUGUCCUGUAAGUUGUCUUGCAUCCAUUGGUGAGAAAGACACAGGCGAGAGGGAGAGAGGAGAGCUGAGACGGGCUGGUGUUCAGAGCAUUCACUUCUGCAGAGGGAAAGUCAGGCCCCACACUCAGCACACCGGGGGUUUGGGGUUUUUUUCAGAUCUGAAGGUGGCUUCCAUGACGCUGGCCGAGGACACCUCCUAAAAGUCACGCGGCGUUGACUGGGCCCCAGGCCGGCCUCUGCCCAGCUGGCUCUCUGUCCCCAGUGGUGCCCGGGCUCAGUCCCCUCCCGAGAUUCCGUCGGUGCCACGCAAGGGGUUUCCUUGGCUUCGCUUUUGAGAGUCCCUUCCUUUCGCCCCCCGAUCUCAGCUGGUGCAGAAGAACGAUCGAAACCCAGAGAUGCGUGUACACAGCGAGUCGGAAACUUCCCUCCCGUCCGCCCAGAGCUGAAGUUCGGGAUCCUGGCGGACGGAGAGGCCUGAGCCUGGAGCCGCUCUGUGGGGAGAGAGUCUGGGCUUCGCGGCCUCCGUCCUGCACCGCCUUCCACGCGGGCUGCCUCGGGCCCCAGGCGGCCUCUUGGGGGAAAUGGGCCGCUUCUGCUUGGAUCGUUGGCAGGGCUGCUCACAGCUUUGCUGUCCCCACUAACCCCAUAGCAUCAGUGCAGUGUUUCCACCUCCCACCCCGAUUCCUGGCUUCGUCGAGCUGACUGUUCUUGCAGGGCCACUUGCUUCUCUUAGAGGACAAAGUGAGGGCCUUCCUUACUAACCGCAGGGUCUGUCACACCUCAGUGUCCUACUUGCUGCUACUGUUUGUACUGUGUCCACAGUAGAAGUUCCUUAUCUUGCUCCUGGUAAUGCAUUACAGGCCAGCAUGAAAUGUUAAACUAUUUAUUUAAAUAAAAAGGAAACCUCUAAAUUGGUAAUUGAAUUACCUCCCUGUAGCUUUAUAGUUUGUGACAUUUCUUGACCUUUGCUAGUUCUUUCAUUAGAUCCGCGCGAGAUCCAGUCACCUGGUUAAGGAUUUUAAGCUGAAGCAACUAUGAACCCAAGAACCUGUAUUACUCUUACUGUCGGUCAUACUAAAACUGUUUAUUUCCUUAAGGAUAUGGCCCACAAGGAUGUGAAAUAACUACAAGAAACUUUUGUACACUGUACAUCCUCAGUAUUUUUACACGUCUGAUAGGGAUGCACAUUAUUUUCCUUCGUGCAGACAGCUUAAAUAAAGCACUAUGUCAAUCUGCUCCUUCUCUGUUUGUUGUUGUUGGACGUGGCUCCGUCAUCUCAGAAAACGAAAUCAUCUUCUUCUCUGAAAGGAGGCUUUGGAAUAGCUCCGCCUGGUAUCAGCUCCUUCUAGAUAAAAGCGUGACAGGAAAGGAGGUGGGUUUCCCGUGGCUCCCACCCCGCACGGGAUGAUUGGACGGCUUCGGCCCGGGGUCGGCCGGGCAGGUGCGCAGAGGCGGAGAAGGGCGGCCCCCGGGGGAGGCGCCGCCGUCCCGGCAGCGGGUCGGGGCAGGUGGGUGCCGCCGGCGAUGCAGGGGUGUCUGGCUCCCCUCCAGCCCCACCAGUCUUCACACCAGGGGCUUUGGACCCAGCGUCGUUAACGGGUGGCGCCCAUCAGUAGUGUCUUCCCGAUGAGGUUUCACUCUGCGUAACUUCCCUUCUUACGGUCUGAAAACUUCAUGGCCAAUUAACCGACUCGGCCGUGGGUGACAGAGACGCGUGGGAUGCUUGGACUGCCGUCUGAUCUGCCUAGGAUCAUUCUGGAUGGGGCCUUUUUCUGAUUUUACCUCAUGAGCCUGCUCUUGCGGAGACUUGGCUCUGCCCCUGUGACGCAGCCAGGGAGACGAUCGGCUUUGGGACCCAAGCGGGUCAAACACGCGGGGGCAUGUCGCACGUGCUCUCCUCGGAACCGCUGGGCCUGACAGAUCCAGGAGGCUGACAUAAAGUGACCUCUACGAUUCUUUACAGGUGCUAUCUUUAGACUAUUGUGUCAUUUAUUUACCCUUCCUGAAACAGAACUGGGGACAGUUAACAUAGCUUGUGUGACAGCGUGUGUGUCUAGCACACUUGGUGAAAUCAAAACAAACUUCCGAAUCGGAACAGAAGUUCUGUUCUUUAAGGCUUGAACCUCGUCCACACGCGAGAGACUCGAACGGUCUCUGCGGGUGUAUCUUCCCACUGCCCCCAAAGGCUCACCCACAUCCAUCCGAGAGGCCGUGCCAGUGAUGCUGAGGCGGCGGUGCCGGCGGUAGCUCUCUGCCAGGGACAGUGGCCUGAGGUCGGGGACUCGCCCAGGCUGCAGCCUCGCCCUUAGGUCCAUGUCCUCCCCAAGGAUAAAACGACACUGUCAGUGCCCCCCCCACUUUUUUACUUUAAAGCAUUUGAGGGCUUAACUGUGUAUAGUAGAAAUACUAUUUUAAACUAAAAUAAUGAUCUGUGUACAGAUAUUUGAUAGAACUUGAAGUAAAUUUUGUAACUUCACUAAGUAUGUUUUUAGGUUCCUCUGAGUUACUGCAUAUGGAAGAAGAAAACAUGACACCACCAAGCCAAAGAUGCUUUUUGUCUGUUUUUGUUGUUACCAGAGCAAAGAGGAUAAUGCUUAGUGCUUCCCGGUGUCUUCUGGUUGUGCACAGAUUAGCAGGAUGGUAAAUUCUGGAGUCUUCGGGGAUGCUGAGUCAAAGCAGAGUUGAAGGAUGCGCUGUCUAGGUCACCUCGAAGAGGGAAAGAAGCGUGAAUGGCAGGAGAAAGGUUUGGUCCUUGAUACCCUUUGGCCUAGUUAAAAUAUGUGCCUUUUUUGGUGUGUUUUUUUCCAUCACCACAAGAUAAAAAGGAACCAUUUCAAGUCUUCAAAAAGUUCAUUUAUUGAAAUUCUUCUGUGUAACAAAGCAUACAAAUGAGCAGAUAUAAAAAACAUACUAACUCAACGCCUUUUCAGCAAACGUACAGCAGGAGGUCUCCUCAUCUAGUGUCAGACGUCAGCUCCAGCCCGUCCGUCUUGGCAAGGAAGGUGGUGGUGACGGGGCCCCCCCGCGAUCUGAGGUGGGGUCCGCUGGGAAGGUGGCGGUGCGUUGUGGCAUAAUUCCGUACAAAUCAGAUGAAUGUAAAUAUCUCUUUGUAAAUCAUUUAUUUCACUCUGUUUCAUCCAGGUCAGCAAUCAGAUUGUGGCAUGCUGGGUAACUGGAAAAAAAAAAAAAAAAAAA